CCUUAAAGACGUGGCUAAAUGUCUCCUUAGGGAAAGGGAACCGGGCUGUUUCGCUGUAUUCUGGGUUCCCAACUCAAAUCCAGGCAGGAAAGACGCGGACUGUCAUCAACAUCCUUUCUGCAAAGUUCAGGCACAAUCAUGACUGACUUGGAGAUUCAGACACUUUGCACGGAAAGUUAUGGCUCUCAAUUUGCUCGGCGUUACCAGGCCUUGCCUAAUGGAAAGCUAAGCUCUGUGACAGACGCUUCUAAAGACUGGCGCCUUAAUUCAUUUCAUCAUAUCUUCAAGUCCAUCUUCCUGCCCCAAGGUUAUCCUGAGAGUGUAAGCACGGACUACCUCGCCUACCAGUUCUGGGACACCAUCCAGGCCUUCGCAAGCAGCAUCACAGGGACACUGGCCACCCAGGCAGUGCUGAAGGGGGUGGGGGUCGGGGAUGAGACCUCCACCGUCGCAGCUGCCGCUGUCACGUGGAUUCUGAAAGAUGGAACAGGAAUGUUGGGCCGAAUCGCUUUCGCUUGGAGCAAGGGGAGCAAACUGGAUUGUGAUGCUAAGCAAUGGAGGCUUUUCGCUGAUGUGCUCAACGAUGUGGCCAUUUUCAUGGAGAUCAUGGCGCCAGCUUUCCCAGCAUGCUUCACGCUCAUUGUCUGCACCAGUGGCUUUUUUAAGUGCAUUGUGGGUGUGGCCGGAGGGGCCACCCGUGCGGCUCUCACCAUGCACCAGGCCCGCCGGGACAACAUGGCCGAUGUAUCAGCCAAAGAUGGAAGCCAGGAGACACUAGUGAACCUAGCUGGCCUUCUCUUCAGUCUCUUCCUGAUCCCUCUUGUGGUGGACAAUCUCCCCCUCACCUAUGCCUUCUAUGCUCUCUUCACCAUCCUCCAUCUCUACGCCAACUACCAAGCAGUGCGGGCAGUUUGCAUGGAGACCCUUAACCGUGCUCGGCUCCAUCUGGUCUUGCAGCAUUACUUGAAGCGGGAAGAAGUUCCUGGUCCUGCUGUCAUCAACCCUCAGGAGCCCCUUCUGCUAGGGUUUCGUCAGCAGCUCAAGAUAACUCUAGGGACUCCUCUUCAUACAGUGACCUCCAGUGUUGCUGACUUCCAGAAAGCUCUUGAAGGCAAUGCUUCAAAUUACUUAAUUUUCUUCAACCGACCAGCAGGGGUGAUCUCCAUCCUGCUCCAUCGGCAAGCGGGCAGUGUGGAUGUGAUUAAAGCCUAUACCCACGCCCUUCUUCUAGAGGCCUUACUCUAUGAAGAUGUGGAAACUUGUGCCUUGGAAAGAGAGUCCCUCCUGAAUUUGCAGCAUCAAUUAUGUAAAGAAUCCGGUAAAGAGGAUCCCAGGAUAAAUUCCGAAAUGCAUCAGUUCUUAGAUAGGAUAUUUCCCAAAUUCCUGGCAGGACUGACAUCCGCUGGAUGGGUAACCAGUCGAAACCUCCUGGGCCCCGAGGAAUGGCGGAUGGAGUGGCUCAGCGCUGAGAAGAAAAUGCUCUGAUUCUGAUUCUGGAAGAAUUUUUAUUCCAAGAACCUGAUUUAUUCAAUCAUAGAAAAGGAGGGGAUCCUGGUUUCCUUGGGGGUCAUCUUUUACAAAAGCAACUGUAGAUUUGGAUUUGCCUUGCCUCAGUUUACCACUCCUUAACUGUAAAAUAAAGAUGAGGUGCUGACAACAUAA